AUGUCUGUCGUCGGCAUUGAUUUCGGCGCGUUGCACUCCAAGAUUGGCGUCGCGCGCCAUCGUGGAAUCGACAUUAUCAUCAACGAAGUCUCGAAUCGCCAGACACCAUCCCUCGUCUCUUUCGGUUUCAAGCAGCGCGCUCUUGGCGAACCCGCAAAGACCCUUGAGAUCUCCAACUUCAAGAACACAGUCGGCUCUCUCAAGCGACUACUCGGAAGGACGAUCUCGGACCCUGAAAUCCAGGAAGUUGAGGCCAAGUUCAUCCACGCGAAGCUUGUGGAUGCCAAUGGCACCGUCGGCGCCCAGGUCAACUACCUCGGCGAGCAAAAGGUGUUCUCUGCCACGCAGAUCACCGCCAUGUACCUCGGCAAGCUUCGCGAUACCGCCGCGCGCGAACUCAAGACUGGGGUUUCCGACGUCGUGAUCACCGUCCCCGGCUGGUACACAGACGUCCAGCGCCGCGCCCUCCUCGAUGCCGCCCAGAUCGCCAACCUGAACGUCCUCCGCCUCAUCAACGACACCACCGCUGCCGAGAACCCGCGGCACGUUGCCUUUGUCGAUGUCGGCCACUCGCAAAUGUCCGUCUCCAUCGUCGCCUUCUCCAAGGGCCAGCUCACCGUCAAGUCCACUGCGUACGACCGCCAUGUCGGCGGUCGCGACAUCGACUACGCCCUCCUCCAGCACUUCGCGGCUGAGUUCAAGGAAAAGUACAAGAUCGACGUCCUCUCGAACCCGAAGGCCAUAUUCCGUCUCUACGCAGGUUGUGACCGCCUCAAGAAGGUCCUGUCAGCCAACGCGGAGGCGCCUCUCAAUGUGCUCGAGGAGUCGGGCCUGACGAUCGACCAGAUCGACACCGUCGAGCUCGUCGGCGGCUGCACGCGUAUCCCAGCCGUGCGCGCGAAGAUCCAGGCAAUGUUCGUCGGCAAGACGCUCUCGACGACGCUCAACCAGGACGAGGCCGCGGCGCGUGGCGCAACGUUUUCGUGCGCGAUGCUCUCACCCGUCUUCCGUGUGCGCGACUUCUCGAUGUUGGACAUCGCCCCGUACUCGGUCAAGGUCUUGUGGGAGAAGCAGCCCGAGGACGAAGACACGGAGCUGACGGUGUUCCCGAAAGGAAACAACAUCCCGUCGACGAAGAUCCUCACAUUCUACCGCAAGGACGGUUUCGACAUCGAGGCUGGUUACGCGGACCCGACCACGCUCCCUGGAGGCAUCAACCCGUGGAUCGCGCGGUUUACGGCCAAGGACGUCGAGCCGCUACCCAGCGGAGAUUACGCUGUCGUGAAGGUCAAGACGCGCCUCAACGCGAACGGCGUCCUCUCUUUCGAGGGAGCAUACACAGAGGAGAUCGAGGAGCGCGAGGAGGCGGCGAUGCAGGUCGACGGUGCUGAGGCGGAGCCGCCGAAAAAGAAGAAGGUGGCGAAGAAGAAGGAAGUUGCGUUCGUGUGGUCGCACACCGGCCUGGACUCGACGAAGAUCGCGGAGUUCAAGGAGCUCGAGGCGCAGAUGCACGCUGGCGACAAGCUCGUGCAGGAUACCGAGGAGCGCAAGAACGCGCUGGAGGAGUUCAUCUACGACACGCGCAGCCGUUUGGACGAGCGCUACGCGCCGUACGUCCAGGCGGGCGAGAAGGAGAAGAUCCUGGUGGCGCUGCAGGAGGCGGAGGACUGGCUGUACUCAGAGGAAGGCGAGGACGCGACCAAGUCUGUGUACGUCGGCAAGCUCGACCACCUCCACGUGCUCGCGGACCCGGUCAUCAACCGGUUCAAGGAGGCAGAGCAGCGGACGCGGGUCGUGUCCGAGCUGCGGGAGACGAUCAACAACUACAUGAACCAGGCGAUGUCCAACGACGAGCGGUUCUCGCACAUCGCGGACACGGACAAGCAGUCGAUUGUUGAGAAGUGCGCGACGGUCCAGAAGUGGCUCGAGGACCAGUCGGUGCGGCAGAUGGAGCGGGCGAAGAACGCGGACCCGGUGUUCACCGCGGCGGAGGUGCUGAAGAAGAAGGACGAGAUCAUCUACUUCGCGACACCCAUCCUCACCAAGCCCAAGCCCAAGCCCAAGGUCGAGACUCCCGAGCCGCCGAAGUCGGGCACCGACACGCCCAAGGAGGACGCGAAGGCGGACCCAGGCCCGCAGGAGAUGGACGUCGACUAG